GGCGGUGUAAACGAUGGAGUUGUCUGUCAUAAAUUGCAUCAUUCAUGACAUAACAAAUUUGGCAGACGCCUGUACGCACCUGCCUGCCCCUUCGGGUCAAGCUACAUAUCCAGAGUUUGAUGACUUUGACCAGAGUCCGUCGUGGGCUUGAUGACUCGGUAAUACGACGGUAAUACCAGUAGUAAAUCGACUUGACUCGAACGAAAUGUCGAUAAUCAGAAUAUUGUUCAAAUGUUUGCUCAGUCCACGCUUGUACAAGAUAUACGACACCGGACCAAUUGACAAACUCUACGAGCCACGGAAUCUCGAACGAUGGGGCGAUCAGAUACUCACCUCCUUUACUUUGAUGUGGUCGUUCAGCCUCUAUGCCAUCCCGUUUGUAGCUACUUUUAUGUAUCGUCGCAGCUACCCCUUGGCUGACCAGAUAUGCUCAUUGACAAAGGUCGCAGCUGGAGCAGGAGUAAUUUUAUUCGCCUCCCUGGUUGCUCGAGGUUACUCAAGAGCCACAAAUCCAGUAUACAUUAAGUUUGUUCAAACUCUAAACAAAGCCAAGGCACGCUAUGAUUCCGAGUCUAAAAGACAACUGCUUCAGUACGAUUUUGAAUUUUGGGCAUGGCCGGUUGACUUUGAUUUUCCCAAGGAGAUCAGAGACCGAGAUCUAAAAAAAGCGCUACAUAGAAUGGAUAGAAACGAAAGUGCUCGUAGGCAAGGAGAACUAUUGAUGGCCCUUCCAUGUAGGCUCGUUUCCUAUGUUGUAGCACAUACCCUUGCGGUGAAGCUUAUGUACCCGGGAUGCAUCUCAAUUCUAAAUUAUGCCAUGGCAUCUACACUCUUGCAAGGAAGACUUGAUCUGAUCAAAAGGGGUGGGACAAGAUCGAAAUUGGCUACCGUAGAUGGAAAUUACAUUGACACGAUGUUUGUUGAUCAACGUAACAAGUCAACUCAUGGCAAUACUCUAGUUGUAGCAUGCGAAGGAAAUUGUGGAUUUUAUGAGAUCGGAAUCCUAGGUACGCCACUCAGCAAAGGCUACUCGGUACUAGGAUGGAAUCACCCUGGUUUUGGGGGUAGCACGGGCUUGCCAUAUCCGUCGCAAGAACAGAAUGGAAUCGAUUGUGUGAUGGGCUUUGCCAUCCAUUGUCUGGGAUUCUUGGAAAGUCAGAUAAUACUGUAUGGUUGGAGCAUCGGAGGAUACACGGCGACUUGGGCAGCAAUGCACUAUCCUUCUGUUUCCAGUGUGGUCCUUGACGCAACUUUUGACGAUGUUUUGCCACUCGCAAUUUCAAGAAUGCCAAGACCACUUGAAAGACUUGUCCGUACUACAGUCAGGGAACAUCUGAAUUUAAACAUUGCUGAACAACUAGUCAGAUAUCAUGGUCCAGUGCUGUUGAUAAGACGAACGGAGGAUGAAAUGGUGUGCGCAGUUACAGAAAGCUCAGAGAACAAUUCUGGUACAGACAAUGUAGAUGAAAAUAACGUCACGUGGAAUCGUGGUAAUCAUUUAUUGGCUAAGCUACUGGCACGUCGUUACCCGCACGUACUUCAAAGCACCCCAGAAAUAUCACUACUUAGAAAAUUUCUGUCUGUAGCAAGCCCACACGCGCGACGAUCUAUCCUUGAGCAGGCAGGAGUUAACGAUGAAGAAUGUAUUGCAAUGAUAAAGAAUUAUCUGACUGCACGGGGUAAUGUCGUUACAUAUCCAUCAGAUCUUGGGGAAAGUUGUGAGCUUUCUGAUAGGCUUAAGCUGACAUUAUUUCUAGCAACUAAAUAUAUGAAAGAUCAGCACUCGCAGCAUUGUACGCCAUUGGUCAAGGAGCUUUUUCACCCUGGAUGGGACCCAGCAACACUCACCAAGUGAACUUAGCACGUCACAGACUAGAAGAAUUUCCUCUAUUGUGUAUGGUUUUUGCAUAAACAAAUCUUUUAAUUAAUUUCCGAUAUUGCUAGCUGUUUACAAAUCUAUUUUCUUUAUUUACAAAAAUUGGUCGGUUAUUUUCAUAUGCAUAUAUUGCUUUCAUCUAAUAAAUAGUGCGAACAGUAUUCAAGAUCGACAGUAUAAUUUUGGUAGAGAGAAGUAAGUGUUUGUAUAGGAAGUUUUCAACUGUUUACUAUGCUGCGCGCCAAGAUCUCAUGGAAGUUUUGUAGUAUCUAGUGGUUCUAUUUUGUUUGUGAAAGAGAAGGGUAACUGUUGUCGGAUUCUUAUGGUUAUUUAUGUAUUUUUUAAUUGGAAUAAAGCGUUUUCAUUAUUUUUUCUAUACGAAACAGUCGAAUUUGAUUGUCGUUGCAAUUGUAAUAAAUAAAAAAAAACGAUAUUAAGUU